GCCAAGGCGUCCAUUUCUACAGUCCGAGCUAUGGAGCCUUACGGCCUGCGCUCCAGCCUGGACCCCCAGGCGGCAGGCCUGGAUUUUGACCCUGCCAGACGAGAUUAUUUCUCUGCCAGCCGAGAACCAGAGUCUCUCUAUCAAGAGUUGGACCUGGACUCUCUAAAUGAAGACCUUCUUGUGCAGACCACACCAGACGCCGCUAUGGCGGAGACCCCUCCUUCGGGCUGCUGCGAAGGUCAUAGCACCAAGUCCGAGUCCCUGAUGGGAGCCGAGCUCGUGGAGCUCAGAGCCGAGCUGGCCCGGUUGGAGGCGGAGAUCGUGUCGCUCCGCCACACGCUGGCCGCCAAAGAGGGGCGCUGUGGGGAGCUCAGGAGAAGGUUGGCGCCCCCGCCUUCCCUGGGGUUCAAGAGCUGGCGUGAGAUUCGGGGCUCCAACGCUUCCAUGAGGCAGAAAACGUCGGCUGCCCUGUCCACCGUGGGCUCUGCCAUCUGCAGGAAGCUCAGGGCCUUCGAGGGGCUGAUGGGGAGCAUCAAGUGGAGAGUCGCAGGUGGCAGAGAGCUGGGCAGUGACAGCCUGCCUGCCUUGCCCACGAGUGGGGAUGACCCACUCCCGGUCCGGGGGAGUCAAGAUGAUCAGCUUCCCAUUCUGGAGCCAGAAUGAGCCCUUCGGUUAACCUGACCCUGGCCACCGAACCAACCCCAUGCCUCCCUUCUCACGUCUGCCAGCUCCCCUACAAGAACAAGCCAACCCAAUGCCAUGGUCAAGUGAAUUCAGGAAAUGGACAGGGUGUGGCUUUUAAGGGGAAACAAAAUCAUAAUGUCCAU